GACUCUCAUGAAACGGCUCUCCUCAAAUCCCAUUCUUCAUUGGUCAUCACUCGCCUUCAGUCAUUACGUCACGACCCCCAUCAAACCAAUGGCGAAGUGGUUGUUUUAUACAGGAUGAGCAACAGGCUGGGCCCCUGCUAGUGUAGCGCAGUGGUCGGGAUUAAACCUAUACUUAGUCGGCCAACGUUUGUAGAGUAAAGCCUUUAUGGUUUAUGCUCGUCUGGCCUUCGUGUUGCUGGGGGUAGACAGCAGAAGAUAACGGCACAGACACUUUUUUAAACUAGAAAACAGGAUUUGUUCUAGGCCGUGGAAUGGAUGAGGUACGGCCUACCAGUGGGGCUCAAACCCACGGGCUGGUGCCGCUGUUUCCCCCUGGACUGCAGGCUAUCUACGGGGAAUGCCGGCGAAUGUAUCCCGAACAGGCCAACCCGCUUCAAGUUACAGCCAUUGUGAAGUAUUGGUUAGGGGGACCUGACCCGUUAGACUACAUCAGUAUGUAUAGGAGCACGGGCUGUCCAGCUCAGGACAUCCAGGAGCAUUGGCACUACGUCAGCUUUGGCCUGAGUGACCUGUAUGGGGAUAAUAGGGUUCAUGAAUUCACAGGGACAGACGGGCCCAGUGGGUUUGGUUUUGAGCUCACAUUUAGACUCAAGAGAGAGACGGGAGAGACGGCACCACCGACCUGGCCGGCUGAACUCAUGCAAGGCUUGGCUCGCUAUGUGUUCCAGUCAGAAAACACAUUUUGUAGUGGCGACCAUAUAUCGUGGCACAGUCCACUAGACAACAGUGAAUCUCGUAUCCAGCAUAUGUUGCUUACAGAGGACCCACAGAUGCAACCGGUUCAAACACCAUUUGGCUCAGUGAGCUUUCUCCAGAUUGUGGGUGUCUGCACGGAGGAGCUACAGGCAGCCCAACAGUGGAACGGCCAGGGCAUCCUGGAGCUGAUGCGUGGAGUCAGAGUAGCUGGUGGCUCCUGGCUGAUCACAGACAUGAGGAGAGGAGAGACUAUUUUUGACAUUGAUCCACACCUACAAGAGAGAGUGGACCAGGGUAUUGAGACAGAGGGCUCUAACCUGAGUGGGGUCAGCGCUAAAUGUGUGUGGGAUGAUCUGAGUCGACCGCCAGAGGAUGAGGAGGAUAGCCGAUCCAUCUGUAUCGGCUCGCAACCACGGAGGCUCUCAGACAAAGACACAGAGCAGAUUAGAGAGACCCUGAGAAAAGGACUGGAGUUCAACAGCAAGGCAGCAAUACCACCCAUCAGCAGCCAGAGACAGAGCCAUGAGCGACCUCAGAGUCGGAAGGACAGUUUAGAGAGUGAGAGUUCAGCAGCCAUUGUUCCUCAUGAGUUGGUCCGCACACGACAGUUGGAGAGCAUCCAUCUGAAAUUCAACCAAGAGUCCGGCACACUGUUGCCUCUCUGCCUGCGGGGCCGGUUGCUCCAUGGGAGACACUUCACAUACAAAAGUAUCAAUGGAGACACAGCCAUUACAUUUGUGUCGACUGGAGUUGAAGGAGCUUUUGCCACUGAAGAGCAUCCAUAUGCAGCUCAUGGCCCCUGGCUUCAGAUAUUGUUGACUGAGGAGUUUGUGGAGCAGAUGCUUGGGGAUUUACAGGAACUCAACACUCGUGAGGAGACAAAGUUACCAAAGGAGUACAGUUGGCCAGAAAAGAAACUGAAGAUCUCUGUCCUACCAGACUCUGUGUUUGACAAUCCACUGCAAUGAGACAGAGACACUUCUCUAGAAACCUCCAAUAUACAAACCCCUGCAGACACACACUUCCAGAGUGGACCAUCAUGAACAGGAGACCUCCCAGAACAGGCAGCGACCCUGAGCUGUCUGGGCACACAGACAUGUUGAUCCCACCGUGGACGGCCAGAGACUGUUUCACCCCUGAACAUGAUCUAAACUCUCUUGACUGUUACUGCAUUCUUAGACUAGCCUCACUGUUUACAACAUUUCUCCUGGGCUUGAAUGCUUUUGAGAAUGUAAAACCAGCCUGUCUAGAUGGUUGAACUGUAAGAACAAUCAUUAUAGGGGACAUACUGAGCUGUACGGUAAAUGAGGAUGUUGUCAUACCUCCAGUAAGGCCUGCCAAGGUCUGAAGUCCAAAAUAUGCGUCAUGAAUACAUUUGAUACUGCAUCCUGUGAUCUCAGACACUGUCUUAGGCGAUAACCGUGUUGCUGUUCUCAAAAGCAAUUCUAUUUAUUCCACUAGCCUUUUAGAAAAGACGGGAAAAGUCACAUAUUGAACUUCUUUUUCCCAUUUUUUCUUUGGAUUGAGCUCAUGUGUAUAGUAUUUACAAAUGCUGGACAUUUUUCUCUUAUGUGUUCUUGGUCAUACCAAAGUUUUAACUGUUGGCAAGUCCUUUGCCCAUACAGUCUGUGUCAAAUGUGUCCCAAUGUAUGAUAAUGACAUGUCAGGCUGAACCAUGAGUAAUUGAUAAUCACUGCCUGUUUGUCUGGAAUAAUCAAACAAGCAUCUGACUGGUUUUCUUAUCUGUCAAAUUAUGCUGGUAUAAUCACCGUUUCUCCCCUGUGCCAAGAAUAUGACUCCGGAAUUAAAUGUUUUUAUUUUUUUUAAGCAUGUAUCACAAUGCAUCUUCUGAAGUUAUGAAACAAAACACAUCAAGUAUGUUGUAAAUGUUCAAAGACUGGGAGUCUGUGGUCCGUGUCCUCAAGUGUUUCCAUUGGCCACAUACAUAUGAGUUUUUAGUUUUAUCAGUAGGACCUGCUUGAAAAUGAGUUGUAGUAAAAUUCCUCAGUGCCUUGUGUUGGAAUGGACCACGUCUUCUCUGUUGGCCCUUGAUGCUGCCUGAAGCUCCUGGGUUGUUAAAGAGAAGUCACAUUAAAUCAAGGCUGCUGCGUUCAGUCUUUUUGUCAUUGCAUUCCAUUUUAACACAAAAACAGACAGACUACUUUUACUACAGAUAUAUACUCUUAUACAAGAUGUGAUGGCAUCUUAUUUUUGUUUAUCUUCUAUCCAGAAGGAUAAAUGUAAGGUUUAGACUUUGUUGAUAUGGUAUUUUGUAAUUACUAUUUUAUGACUGAACUGCCUGAUUGUAAUCCCAAGUGCAUUAAAGUGUGUAUGUAUUUACACAAAUAAAGCUGGAACACUAAUGCAGAA